AUGCCAAUAACAAAAAACAACAACACACCCAUAAAUUCAUCACGUGGCGAACAUCAAUUUAAACAAACAAAGAAACGAAAUCGACUUUCAUUAAAUUGUUUCAAUUGUAAACGAAAGAAAAUCAAAUGUAAUAGACAACAACCAUGUUUAUCAUGUAUUAAAUCAAAUUUAGAAUCAAAAUGUGAAUAUCAACAACAAAAAUGGUUAGCAACUCCUAAUAAUGAGAAUAAUGGUAUUUUUCAAAUUCAACGAUUGAAUGAUGAUAAGAUAAAUGAAAGUUGUCAAAAUAAAAAAGAUGAAAUAGUAAUACCACUACUACGGAAUCAAGAGAAACAGGAAAAGAAUGUUGGUGAUGGUGAUGGGUUAUCACAAUUGAAAUUAUUGAAUAAUAUAUUGAAAGAACCUAUAAAUAAUAAUGAAAGGAAUAAGUUUCAUGAAUUUGAACACGAAAAUAUUGGAAAUAUCGAAUCAGAGAAGUAUCUUCUGGGUUUAUUUGAAAAUUUCAUUAAAUAUCAUGAACAUUUAUUAGAGAAUUUGGAAUUGAUUCUUGGUAUACGAAAUAAAAUAGAGAAAAUAUCACAAUUGGAACCAUUACUUUUUAAAUUUGAGAUUUAUCUUGAUGAAAAAUACCCAAACAUCAAGCAUCACGAACUCAUUAAUACAUCUGAAAAUGAGGUUUCUUUUUCUUCUUCAUCAUUAAGUCCCAAUAAGAUUAGGAAUUAUAUUAAUAUGAAGAUGAUUUUACAUAUGAUUUAUUUUUAUUAUUAUUUAUAUUAUGAAAGGAAACAAUUACAAUCAUUGAGUUAUACUUAUUUGAAAAAAACUUUAGUAUCACAUAUUAACGGAAUUAUACCUCAUUUAUUCAAACUACUUAGUCAUGACAAUGAUCUGAAUGAUUUUCGAUUUUUGAUAACACCAAUUAUUAUUAUGAUAAAUUUCCCAAUUUUAAUUAAAUUGAAUUAUUGUGUUUAUAAAUCUCGAUAUUUAAAUUCCAAUCAUAAUGAAGAUUUACGAGAUGAUUUCCAAUAUAAAUUAAAAUUUGCCAAAUUAAAUAAAUUAACUCAAAUUUAUAAAAAAAUCACGGAAAUUUCCCUAUCAAUAAUAAUAUCCAAACUAAACCAAAAACAUAGUUCUGAAUAUAGACAAGAAAUCAUCAUCAAAAUUAAAUCUUAUAGGUAUAUUCUUGAACGUAUAUGUAAUGAUAAUGAAUUUUUAUCCAAUCAAACAAAGUAUUAUAACACGAUUGAUGAAUUAUCGAAAAAUAAUGAAGAAUUAAGUGAAAUUAUCAAAAUUUUAGAGAUUGGAAUGAAGAGGUAUACUGAAUUGAAAAAUAAAAAGGAGAUAAAUACAAAUUUUGAAAAUUAUGAAAAGUUUAAUGAACCAAUAAGUAAACAAAACUUGAUAAGUGAAAUAGAAUUAGUAUCGUUGAUUCCUAGUUAUUCACAUUCACAACAGCAACAACAACAACAAGAACAAGAAAAACAACGACAAGAAUUGUUAUUCACUGAUUGGGAACAAGGUUUUAAUAUAAUGAGCAAUUUAGAUAUUGAUAAAUUUUGGUCAAUAUUGGCACAAUUGAAAAAAUGA